GGCAGAUUAAAACAGUGGCACAGGUUGAGCGCCCAAAUCCAUAUUGUCAAGCCAGCUGAAUUGUGAGAGUUAGAUUUUUCUCUUGGUCCUCCCUAAUAGGCUCAUUGACAAUAUCGUAAAUUUGGAUGAGAGACCCACGUAUUAUAAAAUGGUUGAGAGUACUCAGGCAAUUCCACGAGCUAGUCUUAAUGGGAUUAACUCUUCUUUCCAGCGUAAAUCACACAACUGGCCCAACCCCACUGCUAUUGAAUGCUUUCAUCUUUUUAGGCUGCAUGUAGCACUUCUCCCUGCUGCCGUGAUAAAAUAAUUAAGGCUACGCUGUUUUUUUGUGUAACAAUAGCAUAGGCUGCGAGACAAGCCGAAAGUGAAAUGAGUCAAUAUCUAGAUUAUCUGCGCGAAUCACUUGGCCAACUUGUUUGAGUACGUAUUAAUUUGAAC